AUGUCUAGUUCUUUUGAGAAGUCGGUCAAGGGUGCAACCAAGAUCAAGGCCGCCCCUCCGAAAACCAAGUACAUCGAACAUAUCCUUGUCGCUACACACGCAGGCGAAGCUGGAGUAGGAGAAGUAUUUCGGGCCUUACAGUUUCGAUUACGGGAUUCAACAUGGACUGUCGUACUCAAAAGUUUGAUCACCAUCCACUUGAUGAUCAGGGAAGGGUCUCCGGACGCGACACUAGCAUAUCUUGCAAAACAUCGAAAUAUGCUAGCGAUCGGUUCCUUUACUGAUGCACAAAUUCAGGGUCGAAAUAUACGGCACUAUGCCGGAUAUCUCGGCGAGCGCGUGCGUGCGUAUAGAGAAACGAGAGUAGAUUGGGUUCGGGCCAAGGAGACGCGAUUGGAGAAACUCUCGGUUGACAAGGGACUACUCCGAGAGACCGAAGUCGUUCAACACCAACUGACUGCUCUUCUAAAAUGCGAUGUGCUUGAGGAUCCCGAGAACGAAAUUACCAUCACCGUCUUCAGACUUUUAGUGUUGGACUUACUGUCCUUAUUCCAGGUAUUGAACCAAGCCAUGAUCAACAUUUUGGGGCAUUUCUUCGAAAUGUCAAGACCGGAUGCGGAAAGGGCUUUGGAAAUAUAUCAAAAUUUUACGAAGCAGACAGAUUACGUCGUGCAAUAUCUAUCUAUAGCCAGGCAGUGGGAGCCUCAUACUAGAGUCGAGGUUCCUAAGCUGAAGCACGCUCCGAUCAAUCUUCGACGUCAGCUAGAAGAAUAUUUGAAGGAUCCCGACUUCGAAAUCCACCGAAGACAGUACUUAGCAGAACUUGAUGCCAAGAAGAAAGGAGGCGCCGGACUUUCUUCAAAAGGAGACAAGAGCGCAGCAGAUGCGAAGCCGGUGUUCAAGAAACCGGGUAGUUCACCAACGCCAUCGUCGAAACCGCCACCACAAGCGACAAAAGGACCAGAUCCCGACCUUAUCGAUUUCUUCGAUUCGAUAGAACAAAAUCAGACCGCAAUGGCCGUGCAGCCAAACCCGCAACCGCAGAUAACCCAGGUUAACCAACCAAUGCCCACAGGCAAUCCUUGGCCCUCAAAUACCGGUUUUGCGGUGCAGCCGACGGGCCAGCUCCAGGGCAAUGGCUUUGUCCCCCAACCUACUGGAUUUCAGCCCAAUAAUAGCCCUUUUCAACAGCAGAACGUCGGCGCUUUCUCUCAGCAGCAACAAGUACCGAAUCAAAUGCAGCCAAAUUUCACAGGUGCUGGUUUCGGCGGAUAUACACCACAACCAGCUUUCACACCAGGCACCCUACCUUCUAUACCGCAGGACACUGCUACAUCAUUUCCGACUGGAACGCUAUCGCCCCCUAUGCAGACGGGAGGACUACAGCCUGGCCAACAAACAACUAAUCCUUUUAGGGCAUCUAUGAUGAUGGCGAAUCCCACUGGAAUGACCACCAACUCAUUCCCUCCGCCGACUAGCCCGCAGACCCAAGCUGGCGGUCUAAGCCGGCAAAAUACGAAUCCUUUCGCCCGAUCAUCCCCUCAAGCUGUCACUCCUUUCUCAAAUCCAUCUUCGAGCUCUCCUUUCCAAUCACAACCUCCAAGCCAACCUCAAGUUCAAGCACCAAUUCAGUCCGCUACUACUGGAACUAAUCCGUUUGCGAGAAAUUUCGGUCAACCUCAGAAUCAACCCCAAAACCAACCACAAAGGCCUCAGACCAGCGGCGGUCUCAUGCCACAACCUACAGGAAGUACGAAUCCUUUCCGGCAAGGCGCUUUCGUGAAUCACCAAACAGGGAUGGGUUGGCAACACGGACAACAGCCAAUAGGUGGAGGGUUAGAUCAUUUGGAGACGAUGCCUGUGUUCCCUCGACCUGCCACACAGACCCCUUGGCAACAAUAG